AUGUGUGACAGGGGCUUCACCUUCAUUAACGCUAUUGGAUAUUGUUUCCAGGCUUCGUGUAUGCCCCUCUUCUUUGCCGUGACGGUUGGCCUCUACCUGUGCUCCAAUGCCGGGCCGGUGUGUGACUGCUCUGCACCGAAGAUCCACGAGGUUCUGGUGCGUAAGGACUUUGCCGGUUUCAGCCAGAAGAUCUCGGUGAAGAUUCAAGCUGAGAAGAACCUUGAGAUCAUCGAGGUUCCUCAGUACAACACUGUGGAUAAGUCCGACGUCAUGCACGACUUCAACUCGAAACUGACGAUGUUCCGCUUCCCGGAGAAGAAGGUUUGCUACCUCGCUCCCCUGCUGCCACAGGUUCCGGCUCCAGGCGUUCUCGAGAACGGAUUUCAACUAGCCAAGGCUACGGGCUCCAGCGUGAACCUGGAACUCAGCUACCCGACCUCUCGCACGUGGAACGUCAUCCGUCGGGCCAUGGACGACCGCAGCUUCCUGACCGAAGACAUGGCGAUGUUCUGUGCCAAGUUCCCCAUCUAUCGCGUGGAGGAGGCAGCGGGUGGAGGACAACAGACUGUGAAGCCAGGAGCUACUGGUGCUGUGAAGAACGAAGUCCAUCGGGAAGGUUGCGUCGACCCAGCACCCAUCUGUCACCUGACCUGCAUCCAGUGUAUCCCCGUGGCGGUGACUAUCGACGUGAGCACCCAGCAGGCCUGUGAGGCUCAGUCUCCCACCUGCACGCUGGCCCAGCUGAACCAGGACAUCGUGCACUGCUGCCCGGUGUGCUGCCCGGGCUCCCUGCCGACCUCAGAAGUGUCAGGGUAA